AUGCCAGAAAUCCAAUGGUGGUUUGAGCCAGAUUAUAGCAAUGAGAGCUUUUCACAGCUAUGGGACGGUGCACGUGGUGACAGAGUGCAAAUGAACGCCACUUACGUCUUUCAUGCUACUAGCACGCUCUACCUAAUGAACCUUCGCCCAGAGGAUUCAGGGACAUACGAAUGCCGUGCCAGCAACGAUCCUGACAGAAACCAUCUAACGAAGAGCCCUCGCAUCAAGUGGAUCCGAUCCCAAGCCAAUGUGAUUGUCAUAGACCGUGAGUGACAAAUUAAAUGCGUGGAGAUCCAAUCCCUCCUUUUCCAGUUAACCUCCUAGUGGUAUUACUGAACCCCAUGCUCUUGUGAACUCUCCUCAUUGCUCUUGAUUUGCCUCAAAAUAUCUCUGCUAGAACUUGUUCCUGAAGUACCACCAUUCCCUUCAGUUUCCUUUUUCUCUUCCAUAUUACUGUGUAGACCAACCUUUCCCCACAAUAUUCCCAUCUUAUGACUUGAGACAGACUGGCUCUGUGUUCCUUGGUCUGUAAGUGUUGAAAUAUUCUAGUUUUUUUUUUUUGUGCAAAAUUACCUUCUCUCCAGUGCGUGAAAUCCUUACACCUCCGCUUUUCCUUCCUUGUUCCACAUUUACAUCCAAAUCUACGGUUUUCUCCCUUGAUACCAUCCUGCUCCACUAUCAGGGGUUCGUCAACUAAGCUCUCUUCCUCAUCAUUCCGGUAGGCUUCUUCUGUUGCCCUCAGUAAUGGUUUUAUAAGACCGCCAAUCAUUGCAAGCCUGCCCUUAUAUCUACCUCCAUUUGUUUUGCUACCCUUGUUUCACAAACCACACUGAUGUAUUCUCUCCUGUGCUUCCCGUCUGUUCCAGCUGUGCUUGCACAGUGUUUGUUGUGAUACUGAUCAAACACAUGUUGUCAUAGAUUGUUUAGCAUAAUGAUUUAGGACUCUACAGGAGUUAUACAGUACACUCAGAUGCUAUUUAACAGCUGUUCACUUUGCUUUACUUGAUUCAAGGUUGUCACCUGGGAGUAAAUAUAAAACCGAUUAGACUCUCCUCCCUUUCGGUAGCACAAUCUGUAGGAAUUUAUGAAACUUGUAAGUUCUUCCAGAAUCAAAGUAUCGGUAACAGAUGCCUUUAUCUUAUUUCUCAAAUCUUUUUAUUAAGUGGUUUUUAAGUUUGAUUUUUAUUUUAUUUUGAGAAUAACUUGCUCCCCAAGGGGGUAAAAUCUGCUUUUCUAAAUUACUUAAAAAGGUCUUCUCAAAUUUUGCAUCAUGUCCUGCAUAAGAAACAUUUUAUAAUGGGCCUGACUAGUUGGUCGAAUAGGUUUAUAGUCUGAGAAAUUAAGAAAGUGAGUUAGAGAGCUUUUUAAGUAGGAAGUAUACAGGCAUUCUCUAUAGUCUGUAGAUGUAUUAUUUAUUUUUCUCUACUCUUUAAUAAACUUUUUAUACCAAAGUCCAGAACUUUUUUCCAAAAAGUUGCUGGGAAGAAAAUCCAGGAUUAUUACAAAAUAAUGUGGAGAGAUCUGGAAGGCAGUGUCAGGACAUCAACUGCCAAAUAGGGAAAUGACGACAAAACAAAAUUGGAAACUGGAAAAACCUCACUCCAUUUAAAAUGUGGUGGUAAUCUGGCUUUAAAAGUAAACUCAAUUAUUUUAUUUUAUAUAUUUUUUUAAAAUGUUAUUUAAAAGUUCAAAUCUGCUUUCACUGUAAGUAAACUGUAAUUAAUUACUAUGCAAAGUUAAACCAUACACCACACUAAAUAUUACAUGAGUUUGACUAGUUAAGGUACAGUUAGAAGGGCCUUCUGGGAUAUAAAUGGUUUUUGGCUUUGACAUUAUAGAUGGUGAUGGUUCACUGUAGGCACUUUGCUUGUUAACCUUUAUGUGGAGCUCACCCGAGAUGGCUUGCUGAUCCUCAUGGAUAAAUAUAGACCAUAAUCCUUUUGGGGUGCAAAAGGGUUGCCAUUUUUAGACUGUAAAAAGCAUUUAUCUGAACUAUUCUCAUUGUUACCUUGUGUUUUUUCUUCCUUACAGCUCCAAUUAUUAUAACAAACUCUCCGGAAGAAAUAGUGGAAGGAACGUAUGUUAUCCUAAGCUGUAAUCUGACCGAUCCAACCCUGCCAAUUUCUGGUCAUGAAUGGUUGAAGGGGAGCAAAGUGGUCCAGGAAGACAAAGACUCAUCUCAAAUUAUGUUUUACAAGUAAGUCUUGAUAACAUACUGGGUUGUAUUAUACUAUGGGGAAUUAUACAGUUCUUAUACAGUAGUUAUAAACGUACACUAUGCCUUAGUACUACUUAAUAUUUCAUGUAAGUGACCGUCACUAGUCACUUCCUUUUUUUAAUUGAAACUCAAAUGUGGCAGGUCAGGUCCAGAAGAAAAUCUGCACAAUAAAUCAGAAGUCACAUGUCUUUAUUUUUUUUUUAUAUAUUACUAUUUUAACUGUUGGUAGCAAUUUAUCCAUGGUGUUAAAAUAAGGCACAUAACUCACAAAUUUGUAAUCUAGCUUAAAAAGUAUCCUGUUGACUUUUUGAUUAUGUUGUAGUUAGGCCUGGAAAUCCCUAGCUUAUCUGCAUUGUCAGCUUCCAUAAAUAUUGUUGCCCAUCUACAAUGCGUGGCCUGAUUUAGAGAAGACGUGAUACACAUCCACCCAUCCUCUCUUGGUAGACUAGCCAUUUACUAAUUUAUUUUUCCUUCUGUGACCUAAAUUCCUGUCUCAUCUCAACUGUGAUCAGCGUUGGUAAAACAGACUGUUCAUUGGUUGCAUCCACUAUUGCCUUUCUAAUCCUUUGUUCCUCUAAUGCCGACAGUGCUGCAAAAGACCAACACUAUAUUAAAAUAAACAUCAAGGAAGUAGUCUUGUUUAUAAUCUUUUCUACUACUUUUAUCUCAGUGUUUCAGAGGUAAAUGCAGAAAGCUCUGGGCAAUAUACCUGCAAGUUCUUGACUACUCCCGAAGUCGGUGAAGUGAUUAAUGUUACUGGUAAGUCCUGAGAACCAAUAUUUCACUGAUAUUAAAUCUACUGUGUAAACCCACUAAGCUGUAACAUUCAUUAGCAGCUAAUCUCACAAGAACAAACCUAAUGCGAUGCCAAAUACACAAAGCAUAUUCCUGUAGCUGAAAUAAAUGUGUAUUUAGAUGAUCACUACUCCUUAUGGGUUUCAAGGCUUUUGGUCAUUAAAUUUGGUUUUCAUGUUCCUUAUUUAUCUUUCAGUCUCCCCUCAUGUUAUCGCAUACAAAAAAUCUGAGCAUGGUAAUGAAGGGGAUACUGGAGUACUGACUUGCAAAAGUAGCUCAUUCCCACCUGUGGAACUCUGGGCAUGGUCCUUGGUCACUGAAGGAGGCAUUGAGGUUUGUAUUAAAGGAACAUUCCAUAUAUAUAAUUUACAUUUAUUUCUUUUAGUCAGACCACCUCACCAGUAAGUGUCCUUAGACAAGACAUCUGUCAAUCUAGAAGUUUGUUUGAGCAGGCUUUCUUCACCUCUAAAUAUCCCCUUUCUAUAACUUUAAAGCACUGUUGAAUGUUUUUGCUAUAUAAAUACGAACAUACUUCCAAAGAAAACAAAAAGCAUGCAUCUGACCCCAUUUGUAAAAAGUAAUUUUCUGUUGAGAUGACAGACAAAACAAAACUUGAGACUCCAGACACUUAAAGCACUUUAACAAUUUGAAGGGUGGCGGGCGCUCUAUGCCGUCCUUUUUGGAGCAGUCCGAAACGCGGCAGCAUAGAAUGUCCUAGUCGUCCUUCAUACUUAUUCGGUCGCCGGCGGUCACGAUCCUGGGGUCUGCCUGGGAGCUCAGGCAAGACCCCUCUGCCUGAUCCGGCCCCCUCCCCAUGUGGUUAUGUUGCCUUUGAGAGUGUAUGGUAGCCCAGGAAUGAGAAUAACCCCCAUGCUGGCAUACCAUUACCAGUAUUUUUUUAGUAGUCACUUCGCCAUAAACACUGGCCAAAAUUAGCGUUCCAUUUAGGUUUUUGCACUUUUAACACACAACAAAUAUGUAGGCUAAAUUUGGCCAAUGUUUGUGACAAAGUGACUACUAAAAAAGACUGGACAUAUACCCCAUUUGUAAUACCUUUGGGUUGUCUACUUUUGCAAAUGGUUAGCCAUCAUGGGGCUAACUUACAUUGCUGGGCUACCAUUUGGUCUCAAAGGCAACAUAACCAGUCUGGCAAAUUUCAGUGUGUAUAAACUGAAAAAUGUAAUGUAAAUAUUUGACCCUGUAACUUUCCAAAAUCCCAUAAAACCUGUACAUUGGGGGUACUGUUUUACUCGUGAGACAUCGCUGAAUACAAUGUGUACGUUAUUGCAGUAACAGCUAACAGUAAAAUUGUGUCAUUCAGUUAAAAUGCCAUGAAAAACUAAAAAAAUAAAAAAUUUCUUAAUUUAAAAAAAAAUAUAUAUUUUAUUCAUAUUAAAUUAGGUUUAAUAUACAAAUGUUUGCUUUGACAUGAAAGCCCUGUUUCUCCUGAACAAAAUUAUAUAUGAUCAGUGUGUGCACAUAAUAUAAAAGAGGUGAAUUACGCCUGAAAAGACAUAUAGCUCAAAUUCAGUCAAAGUUUUGUUUUGAUCACAACUUGUACAACUGCGUCAGUCCUUAAAGGACCACUAUAUAGUGCCAGGAAAACAAACUUGUUUUCCUGGCACUAUGUAGUUCUUAGGUGUCCCCCUCCCGCUGGACUGAAGAGGUUAAAACCCUUCCAAUCACUUACCUUUCUCCAGCGCCGGGUUCCCUUGUGUUGGGAACUCUCCUCCUCCUGCCGACGUCAGCGCUGAAUGAGUGGCAAGAGCUGUGCGCGCAUUCAAUCCGCCCAUAGGAAAGCAUUACUCCAUCUUUCCUAUGGACGUUGGUGUCUUCUCACUGUGAUUUUUCACAGUGAAAAUCGCGGAAGCGGCCUCUAGUGGCUGUCAAUGAAACAGUAACUAGAGGCUGGAUUAACACUCAGUGUAAACAUAGUUUCUCUGAAACUGUUAUGUUUUCAGCUGCCGGGUUAAAACUAGAGUGAACUAGCACCCACACCACUUCAUUGAGCUGAAGUGGUCUGGGUGCCUAUAGUGGUCCUUUAAUUGGCUUAAUGAAGGCGCAACAGCCUUGUUUGACCAAACAGAUUAUUAAAAUGUAAGUGGGCAUGAUAUGACCGGCCAGGAAAUGUAUUUUGGUAUUCUCAAACAGUAGUAGUGUGAGGAACUUAUGGUUUGAGAAUAAGCAUAUAUAAUUUGUAACAAAAAUUUGAUGGGUAGUGUGUGCUGAGAAGGAAAGAUUGACUGAGGUAAUUACGAAAAUAAACUAGGACAAAGAUGUAGUUUGGCAUAGAUAACAAUUUAAAGACUUUAAAUGAGAAAAAGGACAUGAAAUGGACACUGUAGACAAUGUUUAUAUUGCAGCACUAAGUCUGCCCAGACAGCCACUGGGGACGCUUCCGGAAUAUUAACACUCUUGGUCCGUUAUCUGAUGCUUGACAUCCUCACGUUAUACAUGAGGACCUCCAGCAUCAGAUUUUUCCCCAUAGGAAAGCAUCCCUAGAAGUCUUGCAAAGUGACCCAGUCACACUUGUUAAUCAGCUGGAUUCUGCAAGCCAUAUCAGACAUACUUGUGGUAUUUAAUGGUAAUCCGACUGUGUACAGCAGGCUAAUUUGAGGAAAUCUGUGAUCUAAACCGUAGGUAAAUCCUGGCUGAUGGAUUUUAAAUGCCGUUGAUUCAGAGAGAAUGCUCACAUUGUUUUGUUGAUGGCACUAAAUGAAACUUAAAUGAACACCCUAAAUACUGUAACCACUAUAGUGCACAAUAAGUUUCUAAAAAUGCAGUUUUUUGUUUAUGGUUCGUCUUCUUACCUGACUUCUGCUAAGUAUCUCUCCAAGUCUCACCAAGAGACCUGGGAGCUCUAUAAUUAAACAGUAAGAAGUAGUUGGUGUUUAAUCACUCUGCAAAUCUUAAAUACAGGUUAAUUUAUUUAUUUUUGUUCAGAGAAGUAUUGGGCUUGGCUUCCCACUGCUUGGGUCACCUGCUGGCCGGAAGGCGCUGAGGAAAGAAGUGUUUUGAUUUUGUUUUGUUUUUUAUAACAUGCUGUAUUUUUUGUUCUGUGUAUGUUUGAUCUCUGGGGAUGUAGUGGAAGACUUCUCAGUACAUGCAGGAUCAGCACAAUAAGGAUAGGGAGGAGAGGUGACAGACAUGCAAAAAAUGCAUUGUACUUAAUGCCUUAUAUCCUCCCCACUAAAACAAAUAUCCACCUAAAUUAGCUAUAUGUAACUUUUUAUGAACUCUUGUUUUUAGCCUAUAGUGAAUGGAAGUAAAGAUCGCUUCAUCAUAAAGUCCAGCGGCAAUAAGACAGAACUUCGCAUCCUGAAGUUGGAUAUAGAGGCUGACCAGGGUACAUAUGCUUGCAAUGGAACAAACUUCCUAGGUACAACAGGGGCCACAGUCUCCCUCCGUGUACGCAGUCGUCUUGCUGCCCUCUGGCCUUUCCUAGGCAUUGUUGCUGAAGUUAUCAUCCUGGUUACAAUCAUCUUCAUUUAUGAGAAGAGGAGAAAGCCAGAUGAGGCACCUGAAGGUAAGUCUGUUAGUGUUAAGAUAUACUAGGUUUCUUUUUAGAGCUUUCUUUCUUAUUCAUCGACUAUCAAAUGGUAUUGCGUAUGUAAGUGGGCCAUGGAUGAAACUUUAUAGUCUGUAUGAAGUUAAGUUUCUGUGAGACAAGUAAUGCACUUAUGAAAAAAUGUGUCUCCGCUAAUAUAGAAGAUUCCCACCAGAAAUCAAUCCGUGUGUUUUAGCUGCAGAAUGUUUUUAAUCAGACUAUAUAUAGGACUAGAUGCAAAAGUGUGUGUAAGUUAUUUAGGCACCACAACCACUAUAGCUUGGGCAAAGACCGGCUCUGUUUGCAUUAAGUCCACCUUUAGUGGCUUCCACUGUAGUCACAUACGCUGCAUGGAGAAACCUAUUACUUAUAGAGAUGUACUGACUUGGGUGCAAUGUGGCAAUUUUGCUGCACUUUAGCACUAGCUUCACAAUACUUCCCUGCGGGGAAGCAUUGGGUUGGCCCGUUAGAUAAAAUAUCCAACACUGCAUAAUCAUUUUUCCAGAGCACUGAAUAAUCUUCCCUACCCAAUAAAUAACACUGCCCAUCACCAAUUAUGACAAUCUUUUAGUUGGUGAAUUGGAUCUCCAUCUGAUGCUCUUAACAUUAAAAAAUGAAAACUGAGGUGAUUAUUUUUUUACUCAUAUAAAUUUUAAUACCAUGUAGCGCUAAUGUUAAAUCACUGUCAGUCCAAUGCAUCUCUCUGCUCUGUCCCUUAGCUUCAGGCAGUAAAAAAAUCUUACUUUGGUAAGAGUGAAUUUCCCUUUUCUCCCAAGACCAUUUGCCUCUUGCUUUAUUUAGAUGAAUAGUGUGGGGGUGGGGUUACUGUAAUAAAAUACAUUUGCUAGAAUAUUUGCUAUGUCUCUUACCCUGACAAUCAUAAAAGAUGCUAAUGUAUUUAAGACUUCUUCUAACUUUAAUUUGUUUGUGUCCCCCCUCCCCCUUUUCAUGAAUCAUUAAAGAUGAAGAUGGUGGAUCUGCUCCUUUGUAAGUACAUGUAAUAUUAUAGCAUUAACAGGUUUAAAGUAUCUAUUGUCUGUAUGUCCUAUGCUGCAAUAGGUCAGUGGGUCUUGCAGCUUCUUACCAUGUGCUGCAGACACACAUAUUUUAUUAGAGCAGUUUCUAAUUAUUUUUUAAUAUGUUGAGUAACGGUUUCUUCAAGGAAGGAUGUGACCGCCAUACUGGGGUCGAGGAGGAUUUUUUUUUUCUAGUUUGUUGCAAAAUUGGAAAGCACUUAAAACUGGUAUUUUUUUACUUUUGGAACAACAACAACAGAUGUGAGGCUGAACUUUGCAUGUCUCUUUUCAGCUAUGUAACUGAAAAUAGGCAUUACAAUCCAUAACUAAUGGUGCCUUUAAUCAGCUACACCCAAAUCUCUCCACUGAUGCAAUAGUAACCACAAAGUAGUCCAGGCACUCAAUGUCUUAAUACAUCAGAUUUAUUGGAGAGGAAAAAGACCGAUACAGUGCCUGGACUGCGUUGCUUUAACUAUAUGGAUUAGGGGUUUGCCAUCUAUGUACAGUGCACCGAGGUCUACAGAUGAGCGAAUGAAUGGAUCCCUCCUUUUUUUUUUUCACUGAUGCAAUAGACAUACGUUAUGCCAGCCUUAACUUAUAGGGCUAUGUGGAUCCUGACUCAUAUACAUGCGAUAAAUAACCCAAAGGGACAAACUGAAGGUAUUUAGGGGACGGGGGUGUCUCUUGAUUCUGUAAUCUGUUGAGGGAGAGCGAAUCUUAGCUCAGUUACUGUCCCCCCUUUUUAUUUGAUGUAAAACCUGAAAGAAAGUUUUACCUGCCUGCAGUCUCGUGCCAGGGCUAGCUCCUCCUGGUUCUGUUCCUCUAUGUCCCCUCCUGAUGUCACUGGGGACACGAGCAAUCCAAUCACAGGCUUCUCAUUAAGAAACCUGUGACUUGACCAUUUCACUGGCUUAGAGCACAUGUACAAGUUUUAUUUAUCUUUUUUUUAAUGAGAAGAAAAUAAAAUCUGGACUGAGGUGUGUGAGAGCGCAAUGUGGCUUGGAGGGAAAGUUGGCUUCCCCUUACAAGCGCUCUGAGUUGCAUCUUGCCCCAGGCACACUAUAACCAGUAACUCCGCUGUUUCUAGCUUGAACGCGAUUGAUCCACAUAUUUAGUAGUAAUUUCCCUACAAAUGGCACUCUCCUGGCAUGUUGACAAGUGGAAUAAAACAGUUCUGCAAGUAAACUGGGAACCGUGUGAUUAAGGUGCUAUAUAUGGUUCCACAACGUUCGCAAUUAACCAUCGCUGGUGUCAUUUGGUUCACAAAAUUGCCCCCGUCUGCCAUAUUUUCAACAAUCUGUUCCGUAGAAGGGAAAGUACCGAACCAGGGGGACAGUACUGCUACAAGGACAGGGUCCACGACAAAAUAUAUAAAGGCUUGGCCAGCACAAUGGCUGACUCUCUGAUGGACACACUAUCAAAAAGGUUCAUAUAGGUUCCUAGGUGUGUUGUUGCUUAAAAGCCCCAACUAAUUUUGCACAACUUGUUUAAGUUUUUGGUCUUAAGAUGUGCACACCAUGAAUUGUGGAACAAACUCAUUGCAUCUGCUAUAAAUACAUAAAAUUUGUUCUUAUAUUGGCCAUGUGAGUUGUGAAGAAAGUCAUACAGUCUCUCAAAGGAACACACUCUUUUCCCUAAACCUAUAGUGUUAAAAUAACUAUUUUCCCUCUUAAAUAAUGUAAAAUGGUAUUGAAACAUCUGAGGAGUGGCCAGUGAAGGUAUUCCUAGGCUGUAAAGUAAACACUGUAUUUUCUCUGAAAUGACAGAACAACAAGCCUGCAGGGAAUGAUUUUACGAACCAGAGCAACUACAUUUAGCUAUAGUGGCCCUUAAAAAAAAUUCUCUGUUUAAAUAGGAUUUGGAUACAGUCUGCAGCAUUUAAGUCAUGUUUUGCUUUAAGUAAACGACAUGAAAAGCAGCAUCGAGCUGUUCUCCAGAUGACUAAUUUCCAAUGGUCAGAAGAAUGUGUUUAGGUUAAUUUGUUUGCUUGGAUAUUGCUAGAUACUUCUGUAUGUAAAUCUACAAUGUUUCUCUCCAUUUAUAGGAAAAGCAACUCUGGAGCAAACCAUGACAAUGUACGUCAAAGGAACUCUAGCUGAGUCACAAAGGUGAGUGUUUCCCUACUGCACAUGUUACUUGACCCACUGUUUAGUGAUCCAACAGCACUCCACCAGUCCAAAUGUAUUUGAGGGGAAAAAACAUUUCUUUGAAAAAUUGUUAAAAAUUAAAGGGACCUCAUCAUAGUUGUCCUUGUGAUCAUGAAGUAAUUUCAAUAGGUUUGUCAAUACUUUAGCAUCAUCAAGGCCAAUGAUCUAUCAAAACAAGUCUGGGUUAAAGUUCUACAAUAGCCCAAAUAAGACCUAACUUUUUUAUAUUUAUAUAUAAAAAAUUAAAAAAAAGUGAGAAACAAACUUUUAGAAUCACCUGAAGCAUUGUUAAAAGGAUACUAUAGUCCUCAAAACAACUUCAGCUUAAUGAAACUGUUUUGGUGUCUAGAUCAUGCCUCUGAGGUAUCACUGGUCAAUUCUCUGCGAUUUAGGAGUUAAAUUACUUUUGUUUCUGUUUAUGUAACCCUAACCACACCUCCCCUGGCUGCGACUGACACAGCCAGCAUGAAAAAAAUGGUUUAUUUUUCAAUGAGAUGUAACCAACUUUAAGUUUCUAUGUCAUACUCUGUAAAUUGAACUUUAAUUACAUACAGGAGGGUCAUGCAAGGUCUAGCAAGCUAUUGAGAGCAGGAGAUACAAAACCAAAAACUUCAGUUUUCAUCGAAAUGUAGGUUUAUUUUGAAAAGUACAGUAUAAAAAAAGUUGCUUAACUGACACUGGACAUCCUCGCGCUCGUAGGGCUUCAAAAUAAACCAGAGUAAAUUUAUUUUAAGGAAUGCAUUUAAAUAUAAAUGUUUAUCAGAAUUGUAACCAGUCUGUAUGAGCACCAUAUCAAAUUAGCUACAUUACAUGUAACUAAGUUACUGUUUGUCUCAAUUAUAACAUACUGGGUAUUUUUCAGUGUAGUGGUAGUCAACCUUUUUCUACCUACCGCCCACUAAUGCAUCUUUCUUGAUGGAAAAACUUCCCUUACCUCCCACCAGUUUUUGCGCAAGUGCAGAAUAUUUUUUUAGAAAGGAGGGUGUUUUUAAAAAAAAUAAAAAUAAAUGUACGUACAUUUAUCUUAUUUCUACUUUAUGCAUGUUUAUAAUGGUUUUAACUUUAUAAAGUUUAAUGAGAAAACAAAGUAAAUUGAAAUUACCUGUACUAAUGAUUAUUGAGGUUGAUGCUGCAAGACUAAAUAUUAGAUAUCUGGUUCGAUUUUUGUAAGGAACGAAGGUCUCCUCUUUUGGUGAUAUUCAGACGAUUUCUCUGUUUGCUCAUAUGAUUUCUCAUGUGCAUCAGCUUCCCUCCCCAAUUCCCCUCCCCACCUUUUUUUUACUUCCUUCUUGUAUUUUUUUUUUUUCUAUUUAACCUUCCUUAUAGCAAUGCCCAGUAGGAAGGCUGAGCCAGGCAGCCCACAACAAUUCUCUCUCCUUUUUCCUUCUUAUUUUCAUUCUUUCUCCUUUUUUACAUGUAGUCUUCUCCUUCUUUCUCCUAUUCUACAAGUACUCUCCUUCUUUCUCCUAUUCUACAAGUACUCUGCUCCCUCUUUCUUCUAUUCUACAAGUACUCUGCUCUCACACACACACACUUACAUACAGGGCCGCCAUCAGGGGGUGACAACCAUGACGGUUGUCACGGGCCCGGCCCCCACGUGGAGCAGUGAAACUGCAGCGGGUGUAUCUGCACCAGGGCCUAUCAGGUGGCCCAAGCAUUUAGGACCACCCGAUAAGCCCUAUAUUUUCGGGGGCCUGGUAAGCGCUGCGGCCGUGUAAUAGCACGACCGUGCCCCCUUAAAAAAAAAUUGCGGCUGCACCGCAAGUGCUGCUGGGAGGAAGUGACAGCAGACUGUUGUGAUUAUAGUGCAGAGUUGAUGACUCUAACCUUUAUUGGUUAUUGUUGGGUUCCUCCCACCCCAACACUUCCAAUCGAAUGUUUUUUUGUUUUUGUUUUUUAUCUGGAGAAUUACAACUCAAUAUUUUAUUGCAGGUGACCUGGAGAGCAGAGGGAACAACUUCCAUCUACUUUGUUCCAGAAGAGAUCCUUAGUAUAUACUGGUCUUCAAUCACCACCAUUGGCCUCCCCUCGCUCUUUCUGCUUUCUGUCAGAUUUGUACUUUCUGUGUUCUCCUUUUUUAACAUGACAUUAAACUAACUUUAUUAUGUUUAGAAGCAAAAAUAAGACCAUGUUGCUGCCUUGUGCGCUCUAUUUUAUCAUCUUCCUGACAGCUGAUCUGGUUGAUUCCAGGCACUUAAGUUAGUGCCUAGCCUAUCAGAUUGCUGUCUGGUAGUAAUGUUCUCUCAUUAGUACUACAAUAAAAUUUACCUUUGGACAUUGCCCUGUCUUGCUGCUGGAACAUGUUUCUUUCAGCAACUAAGCCAGCCUGUUUACUUGAGCAGGUUGUCCCCAUGCAUUAUAGUAAAAUAUUUUGUGAUUUCUGUUCUUGGGUUUUAAGUGCAUCAUUUUUUUUUUUUUAAUAGAUUAAAAAGCUAAUUCAAAAUGUCUGUUUAUUUACAGUUCUUGGUUUCCCAUCUAUAUGAAAGUACUGACAAGCCAUUGGUCUCUUACUAGAUGUGUAUGGCAUGUUUUAAGUACUGCCCUAUCACUGUAUGCACAAUGAGCACAGCUUUGUGCAAAUUAUAAAAUGCCUCUGUAUUAUGUAAUAUCUUAUUGUAGAUUGCCAUGUGUUGCGCAAGGUGAAUGACUGUUUUGUGUGGCUUUUUUUUUUGAGUUUAUGUGCAUGGAAGACUGAAUUGAUUUUUGGGGUAAAGACUAAUAAAAGGUAUGUUCAGCACAUUUUGAUUUAUAAGGCUUUUUCUGCAACACUGGAUUGUAAAAUUGUAUGUGAAGAAAAUUAAACAAAUAAAAUGUUUCUCCCUUUUAUGUCUUUGGAAUUUGUGUUUGUUUUUUUUUGUUUUGUUUUUUUUUACCCUUUUCUGAAAGGGUUUUUAAUGUCUUUAAGCAUAGCUUGACUAAUCAAAUGCACAGUUUCAAUCCUCUUUUUAGUUCAGUUUGUAAACUAAUUCCAUUGUAUCAUCUGCAUCUCUUAUGGAUGUUGUGAAAUAAAUGAUUAGUCAUUUUGUCUUUAUUGUGCAUCAGCAGAAAAUAGAGUAACCAUAUAUAUAAGAAGUGUAUAUUAGCCAAAGGGACUUCCUUACCCUCUCAACCACACCCGUACUAGAGGGGCAGUUCCCACGGCUGUUAGAAGGAACAGCUUCCUGCAGUACAGCUACUCCUUAGCUGAUGCCCCCAACAUCUUCACUCAAACUGGCAAAUCUGUUAGGCUGCACAAGAUCAGGACUGGCUAAACCUUUGCUCUUCCCUCCCUCUCUGCUUCCUCACCCCACUGUUACACAACUAUGUGCCUGUUCUCCAACUGCCUCAUCUCCUCCCACUCCACUACCUGCACCCACCAAACUCUGCUCAGUGAGCAGCAGACUCCUCUCAAGAUUGUCAGUCUCCCUCAGUGUUGCAAUUAGCCUCUCCAGAUCUCCAAUCUGAGCUUCCAGAAAAGCCACUCGUCACACUCACCACAGAGGUGUAUGGACCCUGGACAGAUUUAUCCAGGCAUGCAUACAUGCAGCACAAUGUACACUGAGUAAAACUUGAAAUCUUGCUAGUACUCAUCCACAGUUAACAAAAAAAGUGAGCAAAAAAAUAUUUAUCCUCUUGGUUUCAACUCCUGUUGUUUUAACUCCUACUAAAGAGACUACUUGAAAUAGCCUACAAGGAGGGAAAUCCUACAGAACGUUUAUUAUGAGGAUUUUACUUCACACAAUCACAAUUUCAUUAUAAAAAUAUAAUUUAUUGUGACAAUAAUAAUAAAAAUAUGUAACAUGCGUGAUAAUAAUCAGUGACAAUUUAGUAUAACAGGUAUACAACAGAAUGGCAAUGUUUAAACAAACUCAGCGUAUACAGCAUCAACCGUCAAGAACUUAGCAAGAUUUAUGAGGGUACUGAAUACAGAACUCAAAACUUCACAGCACAACGAGAAGCCAUAAAAUCUUGGCUAUCAGUUAGAUCCUGAUUAACUAUUCCACUGCUGGUUACAAUACUCCUAGGCAUAUAAUAUCCUAUUCUGUUGCAAUAUUCACAACAGAUCAUUAAUCAUUCCUGGAACCAUCCAAUAAAAAAAAUUCUACCAGAUUUUACAUUAGCCGAAUUUUAAUUUCCCUAAAUAAGAUACACUAUCUUAUUUCAGAACAAGUCAAUAUUUCUGGAUAAAAUUUGUCAUGCUAACCUCUUGGUAAAUGUAACCGUUGGUAUAUAAUUAAAUUAAUUCCACCUGCAGGAAUGGCAUUUUUAUAACCAUAUAUUCUUUAGUUAACUUAGAUUUCUAAUUUGAAUUUGACAACUUAUCCAGGCAUAUAUUCCUGCUAUGUAAAAUUUGUAUUAAUUUAAAUUAAAUAAAACCAGCAUAAUUACCAGUUAUGUAGUAGAUCUUCUUAUCCGAUUAUAUAAUCUCAGGAAUUGAAUGCAAGUAUGAUUAUGAUUGUAUAGGAUUGUAUGCAAUAUAAAAGUAUUAAGAAUUAGGCGAGUUUGAGAGAGUUGAGUUUCUUGACGACAGUCAAAGAGAGUUUGAGAGCGGAGUGUUAGAUGUUGGAUCUUGAAUCUCUGGAUUGAGUGUGUAUUAAGUACCAGAGUGUGUAUCUUCAAUCUCUGUCCUGAAUCUAUUUUGUCCUUUAAAGGGCCAGACUAUCUGUACGUCAGGGAGCUGUAGGUAUGUCAAAAAACUAUCAUCUAGAUUUUGGUCAGUAGAUGGUGCCCUUACAUCACCAAAAUUUCUUGUCCUAGAAAGAGUUAACUAAAAAUGAUGAUGAUUUUGGCGUAUCUAAAUGGCCAGUAUAACUCAAAUUUGCUGCCAGUUCAAAGGAUUUACCCCAUCUUUGUGGUGGCAAUUUCGAUCGUAAUUCUAGAAUUGACGCCUCCUAACCUUAAUUUCACCCUUUUACUUACAAUGGGAUGUUGUAAGAUUCCGAAAGUAAAAUGAAUUACUAGGUGUUAUCUGUCACUGGUGUCUGGCUUUCUGGUCGUCUUGUGUGAAGCUGCGUGUAAGAUUAUUUUUAUUCCACUAACAUUUAUUAAAUAAUAUCAAUGUAUAGUCUAUAUUAUUAACAUGAUACUAAUUAAAUGUGUUUAAUAUAAUAGUAAAUAAGUGUAUAGUGGGUGUGUGUAUGCAUGUAUGUAUACUUGUCUUUCUGGGUUGUAAUUCCACCCCCAUCCUUGCUGUGAGACUUCAUUCCUUAUCACUUGCUUUGUUUACAUAACGCAUUCCUUAGCUCAGGCUUGAAUGGCUGGAGUUACAUAAAGCAAGAAAUUGUCUUUCGUAGCCUGAAGAUACCAAAAUGGAGUCAGCUUUGUAUUAAGUGUGACUGGCAGUAGACUCUUUUAAUUUCUAUUUUCGCACAAAAUGUCUGCCGAGAUAUAGAUAUAGAUAUAUAUAUAUAUAUAUAUAUAGAUAUAGAUAUAGAUAUAGAUAUAUAGAUAUAUAUAUACUGACAGGUCUCAGGGAGACAUCAGUUCUGAGGUCUCCCAUUCGGAUUGAAUCUGGCUCCAAGAACAUUUUCAAAGAUUCUUAUUGUAAUGGUUACCUUUCUUUGAAAACAGAAUAUAGAGAGAUAAUCACUAUCUAGACAACUUUUUUAAUCUCGUCCUACAGUUUCUUUAAAUACCCAAUUUGCGGUCAAUUGUCUUCUAUAACCUGGAUGGAGAAGAGCUUAAUGACACCAGCCCAAAGAAGGACAUUCUUAUGAGCUGUGAUGGACAGUGACUUCUCCGAAAAGGAUAGAGCGAAUUCGAGUAAAGAUUCUGAACCUUUAAAAAAAAAAAAAAAAAAAAUUUCCUUUCAGCAAGAGACUUUAUGAUCCUUCUGGGCUUACGCACUUCCACCAUAGGUCUAGUAAAAUGGGCAAAGUGGAAUAUACAUCCAAUCCGGAUGGAGUUUCUACAUAAAUUCGAAAAAAGCAAGUAUGAAAUUGAGAUCAGAAAAUCCUACUACUUCCUUAAAAGACCAGCUGAAUUGGUGGGUCAAAAAGAGACACCUGUCUCCAGGAUUCCCAUUCGAGGAACCAGACUGGCAGACUGUCACUAAAGACAUGAGCUUACACGGAUGGGGAGCCCAUUAUGGCACGAAAUGGAAGUAGGGGAUAUGGUCAAGAAAGGAAACCACUCAAACCUAAGAGAAUUGAGAGCAACGUACAAGGCACUUGGUUUUUCUUCCAUUUCUAACAAAUUCAUGGGUACAAAUACAGAACGGUUGCAUCCCAUGUGAAUCACCAGAAGGUAUCUGAAGCAGAAACCUCUUGAAAGAAUUAUCCCCUCCUAUGAAGUUUGCUUUUUCCAAAGCUGCCUGUAAUAUUAGACCUUAUACGAGAAAUUAUACUCCACCAUUGAAUCUUCCUAUGGUUCUGUAUGUAUUGACAUAAUCCCCUUGUGCUCCGAAAGACAAACUUGACAUAAUCUUGCUGACCUAUAAAAUUCCUUUUUUUUUUUAAAUCUUUAUUUUGGUGUGGAUGAAAGCACAAUUUUUUUGUUGCAUUGUACAUGGCAUAGAUAAAACAAAAAAAAUAUAUAUAUAAGGAGAUUUCACAAUAAUCAGAAAACCGAUAUGGGCUUUUGAACGGUAAGCAUUGUAAUAUCUGUGUUGGUGCUAUGUCCUCUAUAACGUUCCUAUGAAGGCACUUUAGGAUAACCAAACAAGGUAUUCUUAACUUACAUCAACAACAAUAAUUCAGACUAAGGGAGUUGUGGAUAAUGCUGCUGUGGAGCGGGCCAGCCCUAUAUGUGCUGUGUUGAAGUAUGAUAGUCCCGACCCGACUUCAUCAAAAAAGUAACCCUCAGUAGUCCUACGGAGGUUCCUGUAGCUGUAAGGGUUGAGUGUCUUCUGUUGUCCGGGGCUUAGUUGCUCAAGUUUGAGCAUCUCGGGACGAACCUCCCUGCUGCUUCCUGGGAGGUUCGGGCAGAGGUGACAGCUGAAGGCCUGUCAGAAAUUCUGUUGGAUCUUCUGUGACUGAGAGAACAGAGACCGUGCCACUGUGUGUGACUACCAGGGUCCCCGAGAUUUCUCCUCUGUACCUGAUGUUGUGCUGCCUCAGGAGCUUAGUGAUGGGCACGAACCUGCGUCAACCCAGCAGGACAGAGAAAGGUAGGUCUUCAAAGAUUGUAAUCUUGCAAUUUUCAACCAUCACACUGGGGUAUUUUCUGGAGCGGGCCAUUAUUGCUGAUUUUGUGGCGAUGUCCUGAGUGACAGCAAUUACAUCUGUGGGUGCAUCUACUGGGACAGACUGUGCAUUCAUAAUCAUGAAUGCCAAUACUAUGGGGAGGAUUCCCCAUCCCCCUUCACUUCCAGUGCCCGUGUCAAUUUUUGGGUGAAGUCCAGCAAGGCGUCUGGGCCCUUUGUUUCUGGAGCUCCGCGGAUCCUAAUAUUUUUCCUGCGGUGUCUCGCCUCGAGCGAUGCCACCGUACAGGAGAGUGGGUAUCUGUAAGUCUUUGUCGCGCUCACCUUCUGUGGACUCAACGACCCCCAGGCGGUGUGGCAGCCUGCCAAUCUCCGCCUGUGCACCUGCCAGGUCUGCCUUCCAGACCUCUCUCAGGUCCACCAGGAGUCAGCCCUCAGAUACACUCCACCAGUGGCAUGUGGUAGGUGUCUUAAUUGGAGUCGCUUGAAUCAUGCGGUCUCCGAGGUACCAUUUUGAGGUGGGCCUGAGACCGCAGUCUGUCAUAGGACUGUCAGAUGGGGAGAUUUGCACUCUAUGAGCGGAUCAGCUUUUUGUGUUUUUGCCCUAUCACUCUUUGGGCGGGGUGCCAAGUUGUCAAUAUAUGUAAUUUUCUCUGGGUAUUUAGUGGUAAAAGGGCUUUUUUCUAGUUUAUGGAGCAGCAGCACCACACUUGCAUGUCUGUCCAGGAACCCAGCUAACCACGCCCCCCAAAACUCCUUUUAUUAGUGGCCGUAACAACAGCAAAAGGUGUGUCUGAAAUUCCAGCCUUGGCAUGUGAUGAGGACCAUGUCCAGGUCUAUCAUGACAGAGUGGUCUUGAGACCUAGGCAAAGGUUUUUGCCUAAAGGUUUCAAAUUUUCUCCUUCAAGAUAUUAUCCUUACCUGUCUUUUAUCCAAAUGCCUAGUCAAAAGUAGAGAAAAAAAUUCAUCAGUUGGAUAUGAGAAGAGAAUGUUUGAUCAAAUACCUACAGGUCUUUCAAUCUUUUCAAAAAUCUCAGCAGUAUUUGUUCUUUCAAGUCCGGACUAGAUCUAACGGUCCAUUACAUGUACCGCGAACAAAGCUCCCAGCAGCAUCUCUGGCACUGUAUGAUACUCAUCCCCAUCUUGCGACCUUUCCCGUCGUCAUGCUGCCUUUGCUCAGGCAGACUGUGAUGCUGCAGGCUUCCAUGCCCAGUAUAAAGCAGGCUGGUGCGAGCAGGUGGUAGGUUCUUGAUUCCCCUUAGGUCUUUAGGUCUUUCCCUAGCUUAGACCUGUCUAUGUGGUUCUGUGUGCACAUUUCUCUGCCAUGUUGGGGCCUUGUGAACAGCCUGAGGAAAAGCUUCCCUAUGGGAGUGUGGAGGUGGUCACCUGAGGGAGAAAGCAUUUGGCUGGAGUAGGACAGGUGGGUGCAGCCUGUGUUCCAGCUUGCGCCAGAAGUCAUCAAAGAGUUGAUCCAGUUUUGUCAGGACUUCCAGCGUACCAUCGCAGGGACAAGCAGCACAUGAUGUGUCCGCCAUCUUGGGUGAGUUGCUGCUGGCUCUCUCAGCUUCACCCCACAUUUCAGCAGUAUAGGGGUAGCCUUCCCUGGGCGGACCAGGAUCUCCCCCACCAGUCCAAAGGGCCAGGGGGGAGGUGGGUAACGGGGCGUGCAUGUGUUGUCAGCUUUGGGGGUGCCUCCUGGUUCAGAGAUCGGCCGCCUCUCCCUCCUGAUGCAUACCAGGCCACUUGAUCUAUCUAGGUGUAAAUGAGCCUCUAUCAGUUUGCUUAUCAAUCCACUGCGUGUCCUCUGUGGCAGGGACCCAGUGGGCUGCUGAUUCGAUCUCAGGCCCCACCCAAAAAAGCUGAAAUAGACUUUAUUUAGCAGGAUUAUGUGGGAGCUUGUGUCAGGCCCCACCCCCCUGUUUGCAGCAUUAUUAUGACUCCUCUGGUUGUAUAUUUUUCCCUAUCUACUUUUGUUGUUUAGCUUGGGUAUUACCCAUAAGUGAUGCUGCCAUGAUACGCCAGGAAUAUAAAAAAUUCAUAUCAUACUUACUGCAUUUUCUGCGCAUAUUUUUCCAGAGCUUUUUAACUAGGCUGUUGGGUAGAAGGAGGAGGGACAUUUUAUUCCUACAGACUCUUUCUAAUUUGUUAAUUGUUUUCCGCCCUGUUCCUGUUGGAGGUGGAGCUACCAUGUUGGAAGUGAUGCUGCCAUGAAUAAUAGCAAGAAAUUAUGGUAAUAAUAAUGGGGAAAGCACACACAAAAGUAAACAAUUUUUACCUUAAAAUUGAUAAAAUUAUACCUAAAAAAAACACAAAAAAACCCCAAAAACAUAGAGUACUACUGUUAAUAUAAAAGAAUAAAAAGUGAACAAACUGUCCCACUCACAUAAUGCUAAGCCAUUCAAAUAGCUGGCUCAGGCUUAAUUACUUUGAAAGGUGGUUGUCUCUUGUGAUCAGCUUAGAGGACCACUCUAGGCACCCAGACCACUUCAGCUUAAUGAAGUGGUGUGGGUGCCAGGUCCUUCUAGGGUUAACCCAUUUUUUUUUUUUAUAAACAUAGCAGUUUCAGAGAAACUGCUAUGUUUAUCAAUGGGUUAAGCCUUCCCCCUAAUCAUCUAGUGGCUGUCUCAUUGACAGCCACUAGAGGCGCUUGCGUGCUUCUCACUGUGAUUUUCACAGUGAGUGCACGCAAGCGUCCAUAGGAAAGCAUUGUAAAUGCUUUCCUAUGCGACGGGCUGAAUGCGCGCGCAGCUCUUGCCGCGCGUGCGCAUUCAGCCCAGGAGGAGGAGAGAAGGAGGAGAGCUCUCCGCCCAGCGCUGGAAAAAGGUAAGUUUUUAACCCUUUCCCCCUUCCAGAGCCGGGUGGGAGGGGGACCCUGAGGGUGGGGGCACCCUCAGGGCACUAUAGUGGUCCUUUAAAGUCUGGCGUUUAAAAUGGUGCAUACGAUAGUAUUGCAUUUUAAAGUCAAAACGGUACACUAUUGUGUUUGCUCUCACCAUUUUUAUCAUUACCUGCACUUAUUUGUUUGUGAUGGAGUAACCCACAUAAGUGAUUGAAGCAUUAAUUUAUAUUUCCAUCUUUUUACCUUGUUUUGUAAAAUUACAGUAAGUAUGAUAUGACUUUUCUAUAUUUCCUGCCAUAUGGUGGCAGUACACAGUAGAAAUGUAUGCAUUUGCAUCUGAAAAAGAUAAAGUAAGAUUUAAAAAGAAAAAAAAAAAGUCCCACCCACUUAAAGUAUGAAGGAACUCCCCAGGCAAGUCUCCUAAGGCAAGUAAGUUCUUCCUUGUCCCAUCAUGGGAUGGAAGAGUGUCCCUGGAGGAAUCAAGGACCAAGAUUGGUGAGGCACAUGGCUUGCUGCAAGGGGUCACACUGCAUUCACUACACUAACACACACUCUGCAUACACUACACUAAUACACACACUGCAAUCAUUACACUAACACACACACACUGCAUACACUACACUAACACACACUGCAAUUAUUACACUAACACGCACACUGCAUUCAUUACACUAACACACACACUGCAUUCACUACACUAACACACACACUGCAUUCACUACACUAACACACACUGCAUUCACUACACUAACACACACUGCAGACACUACACUAACACAUACACUGCAAACAUUACACUAACACACACACACUGCAAUCAUUACACUAACACACACACUACAGUCAUUACACUAACACACACUGCAUUCACUACACUAACACACACUCUGCAUACACUACACUAAUACACACACUGCAAUCCUUACACUAACACACACACUGCAUUCACUACACUAACACACACUCUGCAUACACUACACUAACACACACACUGCAAUCAUUACACUAACACACAUUCUGCAAUCAUUACACUAACACACACUGCAUACACUACACUAACACACACACUGCAAUCACUACACUAACACACACACUGCAUUCACUACACUAACACACACUCUGCAUACACUACACUAACACACACACUGCAAUCAUUACACUAACACACACUCUGUAUUCACUAUACUAACACACACACUGCAUUCACUACACCAACACACACUCUGCAUACACUACACUAACACACACUGCAAUCAUUACGCUAACACACACUCUGCAUUCACUACACUAACACACACUCUGCAUUCACUACACUAACACACACACUGGAUUUACUACACUAACACACGGCAAUCAUUACACUAACACACAUUCUGCAUUCACUACACUAACACACUCUGCAUUCACUACACUAACACACACUCUGCAUUUACUACACUAACACACACACUGCAUUCACUACUCUAACACACACUCUGCAUUCAUUACACUAACACACACACACACACACACACUCUGCAUGCACUACACUAACACACACUCUGCAUUCACUACACUAAAACACACUCUGCAUUUACUACACUAAUAUACACACACUCUGCAUUCACUACACUAACACACACACACACACACACACACACACACUCUGCAUGCACUACACUAACACACACUCUGCAUACACUACACUAACACACACUCUGCAUUUACUACACUAACAUACACACACUCUGUAUUCACUACACUAACACACACUCUGCAUUCACUACACUAACACACACUGCAGACACUACACUAACACAUACACUGCAAUCAUUACACUAACACACACUCUGCAUUCAUUACACUAACAGACACUCUACAUUCAUUACACUAACACACAUACUGCAAUCAUUACACUAACACACACUCUGCAUAUACUACACUAACACACACUCUGCAUUCACUACACUAACACACACACACACUCUGCAUCCACUACACUGACACACACUCUGCAUUCAUUACACUGACACACACUCUGCAUCCACUACACUGACACACACUCUGCAUUAACUAUACACACAGCAUCCACUACACAAACAUCCUGUAUUCACAGUACACACACUACAUCCACCACACAUUCAAACACUCUGCAUUCAUUAUAUAGAGACACUGCGUCUAAUACACACAUUACAUCCACUACAGACACUGCAUCCACUAAACACAUUGCAUCUAGUACACACAAACACUACAUCCACUACACAAACACACACUACAUCCACUACUUAAACAGUAUAUAAUACACACAAACACUACAUCCAUUACACAAAUUCUAAUUCACUUCCACUAUACACACCACAUUCAGUCCUGCAUCAUUUGCAGUGGACUAGGCAGGAGUCCUGUGGGUGGACUCGUGGGCGGGGCAGGCCGGGCGGGAGGGGGGAGGAGGGGCGGACCAGAUCUUGUGCUUUGUCAGGGGCCCCAAAAUUUCUUCUUCUUUGACUUGCAACACUAGAUGAUUGAGAUAUAUAUAUAUAUAUAUAUAUAUAUAUAUAAAAAACCAAACGGAUCUUGCACUCCACCAAUUCAAUAUUCAAUGCCCGGUGCUUGUCAGCCAAAAAUGCAAAAAAUAUUGCCAGAGAUAGCACUCCAAGGACUAAUAUAAAAUAUAACUUUUAUUACUUCCACUAAAACAACACAAAGUCAACGUUUCAGCUUGAUCCCUUCAAGCUUUCGUCAGGACAUCUGUGAGUGUCUGUCUGUGUCAGCAAUGUGUGUCUGUGUCAUUGUUUGUGUCUCUUAGUCAUGGUGUGUGUGUGUGAUUGUCUCUCAUGGUGUGUGUGUGAUUGUAUGUGUCUCUGUGUCAUGGUGUGUGUGUCACUGUCUGUCAUGGUGUGUGCGUCUGUGUCAUGCAAUGUGCGUCUGUGUCAUGGUGUGUGUGUGUGUGUCUGUCAUGUAAUGUGUGUCUGUGUGUGUCACGGUCUGUGUGUGUCAUGGUGUGUGUGUGUUUGUCUGUGUCAUGUAAUGUGUGUCUGUGUCACAGUCUCUCUGUGUCGUGGUGUGUGUGUCUGUGUGUCACGGUCUGUCUGUGUUAUGGUGUGUGUGUCAAGGUGUGUGUGUCUUUUUUAAGGUGUGUGUCUUUCAUGGUGUGUGUGUCUGUCUGUCAUGGUGUGUCUGUCAUGGUGUGUGUGUGUUUCUGUCUGUAUCACGAUCUGUCUGUGUCAUGGUGUGUGUCUGUCAUGGUGUGUGUGUGCAUGUGUCUUUUACCUACUUUCCCCCCACGUCAUGCUGAUCUCCCCUCGCCUGGCCCUGCCUCUACGGCUGAGAUCAUCAAGCUUGAUGAUCUCAGCCAAUCCCCACUGACACAGGAAGCACCUCUAGUGACCGUCUGAGUGUCUGUCACUAGGAAGCAAUGUAAACACUGCCUUUUCUCUUAAAAGUCAGUGUUUACAUUGAAAACACAUACCAUGACACAGACAGACCGUGACACAGACUGAAACACACACACACCAUGACAGACAGACACACCAUGACACAGACAGACACACACACACCAUGACAGACACACACCUUAAAAAAGACACAAACACCUUGACACACACACCAUAACACAGACAGACCGUGACACACAGACACACACCACGACACAGAGAGACCGUGACACAGACACACACCGUGACAGACAGACACACAUUACAUGACACAAACACACACACACACACCAUGACACACACAGACUGUGACACAGUCAGACACACAUUACAUGACACACACACACACACACACACACCAUGACAUAGACACACAUUGCAUGACACAGACAGACGCACACACCAUGACAGACAGUGACACACAUACCAUGACACAGAGACACACACAAUGACACAGACAGACACACACACACCAUGACUAAGAGACACAAUGACACAGACACACAUUGCUGACACAGACAGACACUCACACCAUGACACAGACAGACACUCACACACCAUGACACAGACAGACAGACACACACACACACCAAGACAGACAGACAGACACACACACACACACACACACAUACACAAUUUCUACCUGUGGGGAGCUCUUCUGGCGGCCGCAGAGGGAGCUCCUUUGGCGGCCGCAGGGGGAGCUGGCUGUUGUGUCUCUGCUCCCCCUCCCCUGGCGUGCAGGGGAGGGGGAGCAGAGACACAACAGCCAGCAAACCCUGCGGCCGCCAAAGGAGCUCCCUCUGCGGCCGCAGGUGAGCCAGCUGGCUGCCCGGCCCCAGGUGCCGACAGCCCACCGGGAAAUUUCCUGGUAUCCCUGUGGGCCAGUCCGGCCCUGGUGUGCAUAUCGAAAUUCAGGCCUUGCGCCGGCGCACAGUGGUGGAAUGCAUGCCUGAAGAGGACUUGCAUUCCACCGAAGUUCUGAUCAUGUCACUACACAUCUGCAAAUCGGAAUUCAAAAAUUUGCCACAAAAUUCAAAUCCUACUGAUAUUUAAAGCUGUGUUGAUCCUCCUGACAGUAUGGAUGCUAGUCAGAGUUUAUGUCACGCAUUAGGUUUUUGAGGUGAGAUUAAUAGUUUCUACUUUAAAACCAUUUGUUUCUGCUUAUUUUAUGUGGCAAAACCAACCUCGCCACUGGGCAUUGGAGAAGCCUGUUUGCCCGCCUCCUGCCUGCUGACUAUGGCCCUGGGAGGUCUGGCCCUUCAAAUACAGUAUUUGGACAUAUUCUAUUUUAUUAUGCUGCUGCUGGCCCUUUAAAAACCAUCUGGGGACAUACUGUGGAGUUACUGGGUGGCCACCAUUUCAUGUAUCAGAGGCACAUGGUGAGAACAAUGGAUGGCGGCCAUUUUAACUCACAGACACUGUUUAGACUUUUCUACACGAUGCCAUCUCGACAGUAUUUGGUGCACGAAGACAUCGUUCAGUAGUUUUAAACUAUAUAACAGGAGACACAUUAUACAGUAAUUAUUUUUCAUAUAGCCUGUAUAUGUUCUGCGGAAUCUGCAUUAAACUGCAUCUUCCAAACUACUGAACGGAUCUGGGUGAAUUUUGGAUAUUUUUAUGGGGUUAUUGCAUGUUUUGGGGUCCCUGUGAUAUGUUUUAUAAUACUGUAUUUCUCUGCCUAUGUUAAUUAGAUUAACCAUUGUGUUCAGUAAUCAUAUCACAGGCAGAGGGGAGGAUUUUGUGAGGGAGUGUCUGUGUGCAUGGGCGUAGGAACCCCAAAAAAUCUGGGGGGGAUAGCAUUUUUACUCGCCGGGUAUAUUCUUAUUCCGUAAACUAUGAGUUGUUUAUCCCAUUGCACAGCGCUACAGAAUUUGCCGUUGCUAUAUAAAUGAUUAAAUAAUAACUUUAAAGGGUCACUACAGGGAAGGGGUUUUACUUACCUGGAUACAGCGCCGGGAUCCUCCUGAUGCGGCGCCCCCUAUUUCGUCAAAAUAACGAAAAAGGAGGGUGCGAGCAGGGAGCAAUAAAACACUUCUAUUCAGAAGCGUCAUUGCUCUCUGGUGCGCAUGCGCAGCUUUGCCGCACAUGCGCAGAUACUUCAUAGGGCGGCAUUCAUGUCUCGACUAGGAAGCACCUCUAGUGGCCAUCUGACUGUCCACUGAAGGUAUUCCUCAUCAGUAAUGUAAAUACUGCCUUUUUACGAAAUGGCUGUGCUUACAUUAAAAAGCCUGCAAAGACAUGCUACAGACACCAGAACUACUACGUUUAGCUGUUGUGGUUCUGGUGACUAUAGUGUCCCUUGAAUAUAGAGAGGAAAAAAGAAUCAUCACAAAUGUAAGAAAUAAAAUGUCUGUAUCAUUAUUCUAAAAAUUAUUUUAAAAAAAUAUGCACAUUCCUAGCUUAAUUUUUAGCACGACAUAUGACACAAACAUUUUGUACUUUGCAGAUUACUUUUUAUAUUUUUUAAUACAUAUACAGAUUGUGUAAUACUGCCCCUGACUUAGGGUGACCACAUUUCCUAACUGCCAUUCAGUGACACUUUCAGAAAUGCCUUCCAUACAUUUUACUACCCGUCUCUACCCCUUCCAUUUAUAUUAGAACCCCUUUCCAUGUAAAUUAGAGAUUAGUGCCACGAAUAAUAUGCUAGAUUGCCUACUUACAACCAGAUGAGGAUGAUGAUGUGCUCUAGCUGCAGUCUGGCUCCACUGGUCUGGUGUAGAACAGGCUCUCUGAAGGCUGUUUGUAACUGUGGUCACAAAAAUCAAUGUUCUGGGAGAACGGGAAGCAGCUCCAUUUUUUGGGGGCCCUUUACACAGCUCAAGGUCUGGGUCCCAGGGUCCACCUUCAUGUUCCACCAAUGAGUUUGUUCACAGGGGGUGGAGUGUGUAAGGGAUGUCCUGAUAUGUGUGUAAGGAAUGCAUUGUGUGAAUCUGUGUUUGUAUGUGUAAGGGCUGCAAGGAGUGUUUCUGUGUAUGUACGGGAUGCAGUGUGUGCGUCUGUAAGUGGUGCAUUGAGUGUGUGUACGGGGUGCAUUUAGUGUGUGUAAGGAAUGCAAUUUCCCCAUAACCUGUCCCCCCUGCAUGAUUUGCUGGGGGGGAUGCGUCCCCCCCAUACCCCCUGGUUCCUACGCCCAUGUCUGUGUGUAUUGUACGGAUUGAUUGGUUGUAUUUCAAAUCCCUGUGGGCAGUACUAUGUUUGUGGAUUGUGAAUAAAAGAGGCUGUAUGUGCCAGUACAGUCAGUUCUGCUUGACCUCAAAACGAAGUGUCGUCUCGUUAUUGGGGGAAUUGGAUUGUAUGCUGAUUGCCAGGAGUGUAAGCUGAUUGUAUGCUUUUCCUGUUCAGCUGCUUACAGCACUCAUAUGCUUGAGAGCAUUCGUAUGCUUCUCCGGUUCGGUGGUUGUGGUGUCUGCUGCAGUGCUUGGAGUCCUCAGGAAGCGCUAGGAGCAUCCUUCAACGGAGGUACCCAGUCGGGGUGCCAGGUGAUCUGUUACAUUAUAUAUUUAUUGGCUACUAUUUUGGGGGGGGGUGGGGGGAUUUCAGAUAUUUCUAGUCCUGUUUCUCCUGAGAGACUGUACAAAGAUAAAGCGCCUGUCUGGCUCCUAAAAAGUCUACUUCCAAGUCCAAACACCUUGCCUGCAGUGUGUGUGUGCUACACCACUCCCAGACAGCACAAAAAAGAAAAUCUGCAACUAAUGCUCAUCUGUCAUGCUGGUAAAGUCCAUACAAUAAUUUCUCUCCAGUUUGGCACAAGCUUUAACGUAUCGGCCAGGUCCAGUGUACCUAUAUCUCAAGAGUCUACCAAUAAGGGGGAGAAGGUCUUCUUACAGAUCUGAUUUAUCAUUGGGUGAAUGCUCCACUUCCUCGUCAGAUGUUUCCAGCAUGUAAUCUUGUGUGAGAUUGGCUUCCCACUUGAUGAAUUCAAGGACCACUAUAGUGCCCUGAGAAGCCCCCACCCUCAUGGACCCCCUCCCGCCAGGCUGAAGUUGGAGGAAGGGGUUAAAAACUCACCUUUCUCGAGUGACGGGCUCCCUCGGCGCUUGGGACUCUCCUCCUCCUUUGGACGACAUCGGCUGAAUGCGCAUGCGCGGCAAGAGCCGCGCGCGCAUUCAGUCAGUCCAUAGGAAAGCAUUCUCAAUCACAGUGAAAUCACAGUGAGAAGUGUGGAAGCGCCUCUAGCGACUGUCAAUCAGACAGCCACUAGAGCUGGAUUAACCCAUAUGUAAAAACUGCUAUGUUUACAGCAGGCAGGGUUUCCCAAUUAUUUUUUCCCUUGGAACCCUUUGACAUGGUAUAGCAAAAUGUAUCCCAGGGUCCCCAUGUCACUAGGAAGAUGGGAAGACCUGGGGACACGGGGAGACCUAGGGACACGGAGACACCAGUGACACUGGGAGACUAGGGGACUCUGGCUGGGACGCAUGGGGACACUUGAAGACAUGGGGACACAGACACUAGAGACACUGGCUGGGGGACAUGGGGACAUUGAGACAUGGGGGCACUGGGAGACAUGUGGACAAGGAGACACCAGGGCCACAGACACUAGGGACACUAGCUUGGAGACAUGGGGACAUUGAGACACUGGGAGACAUGGAGGCACUAGGAGACAUGGGGACAGUGAGACACUGGCAGACUGGGGGCACUGGGAGACUAGGGGGCACUGAGACACCAGAGACACUGGCUGGGAGACAUGGGGACGCUGUGUCCCUAUGUGUCUGUGUCAUAAUGUCUCAAUGUCUCCCAAUGUCCCUUAGUGUCUCAGUGUCCCCAUGUCUCCUUGCAGCCUUUCCCCCCAUCCCUUACUUCCCUGAGCUGUAGGCUGUCUCUGCAAGGUGGGAGUUGCUGUCUGGACUCUCUGUAGCUGCACCCCUGCAGAUCAGUGAGUAUAGAUAGGCAGGGAGGGAUAUGCUGGAACUUCCUAUCCCUGCCUGUCUCCACACACAGUGACCCCUACUGGCCAGUGCUGGUAUUGCAUAGUAAUCUCUUGUUUAUACUGAGAAAAAUACCAGCAUUUGUAUUGCCAGUAUCACUGUAAUAUUGGCACCAGCCAGGCAGCCUCAAAUACUGGCUGUGCCAAUAAAAUAAAAGCCAGGUGGAAUCCCUAAGAGUAGUGUGUGGGGAAAAAAAAUGUGUAGGGGGCAGAGCCUGGCAGCCGCAUGGAAUGGUCACUCACACUGAGAGCUCCGCGCUAUCUGGCUCCUAAAUAAGCGAUAAAAGUGACUCAGUGACCCAAAACUUAGAUCCCUCGACACCACAAUAUUGGGAGACAUCCCUAGCUCUCAAACCAGUGGUGUGUCCAGCCAUGACCGGUGGGUAACCCAGGAGGAGAGUCCGCGGCCUGCAAGAGGCAUAAUUGCAGCGCACGAGAGGGAGGCGGCUGAUCCCUUUGCCUGCUAUUGUGCACUUACCCGGGACCAUCCUGCACCCUCUCCCCCCCCCCCAGCCG